AUGGUAGCUAGAAAGUAUAAGAAAGGAAAAUCUAAGUAUCAAUCUACACAAAGAGAAGUACGCCCUGAAGUGUUUGCUGAUUCUAUAUCAAGAAACCAGUUAAAUGACACAAUCAUAUCAGGUGAAUCGAAACGUCAAGAACAAUUAUUAAAGGCUAAACAAAACCAAAAAUACAAGGUUAGUAAACUUGCUACUGCAAAAGAGCAACAAAAGAUUAGACUAUAUGGUAAAAAAGCUGUUUCACGUGGUCGAGAUUAUAGCUCAAAAAUUAAAAUUGAUGAAAGCAAAGAUAUUCCUAACUUGAAUAGAUCUAUCAUACCUGGUAUCAAAAUUAAACGUGGUAAAAAGGGUAAGAAAUUUAUUGAUGAUAAUGAUACACUUGUUUGGCAAAGAUUGGUUAAAACUGUUGGUGAUAAAUAUGAUCAAAUUAAUGAAUCGAAGAUUGAAAAAGAUCGUCGUCUAGAAGAAAUCAGAGAAGUUAAAAGAAAAGAAAUUGAACAAAAAGAACAAGCAAAAUUACAGAAAUUAGAAGAGAAAAAGAAUGAAAUUAAGAAUAAAGCAUCUUUAGCUAGAUCAUUACGUAGAAAGAAUAAAAGACUAGGUAUGAGAGAAGCUAAUGAAAUUAAAGAUAAACAAGAUAAACCUAAAAAAAAAUCUGUUUCCUUUGCAUAA